AUGGAGAGACUGGGCAUGGGUGUCCGCAAGCUCGGAUUUGGUCAAGUUGGUGGUGGUGCUCCUGCCGCUGCAGCGCCCAAGAAGAUGGGCUUUGGUUCCACCACCAGAGCAACAGAAGGUAAGAGAUUACAUGAUUCGACGUGCUCAACGAAGCUAACGAUUUCUGCCUUAGACGACUCAGAGAAGUACGCCCGCCAGAAGUUUGGAACUCAGAAGGGUAUCUCGUCAGACGAGUUCUUUGGCAGAGGCACAUUCGACUCGAAUGCUCAGCAAGAAGCCAAGUCUCGUCUGCAAGGUUUCGAGAGCGCCCAGUCUAUUUCUUCUAACGCAUACUUUGGACGACCCGAGGAUGAGAUGCCCGAGGGUGAGUACGGAGAUAUUGAGACGGCAGCCAAGGACUUUGUACGCAAGCUUGGAAUCACCGCAGGAGACGAUCUUGAGAAUCUCACCAGUCUACUGGGAGAAGGAACCAACAAAUUGCAAGGUAUGACUGAUGACAUUGAUGGGUUGAUCGAGCAGUGGCUAACAGAAGCGACAGGUGCUAUCAGAAACUACCUCAACGGAUAG